ACUCCACUCCGCUCCCCCAGACGGCCAGACCCCCCUUUCCCUACCCUUGCCACUCCGAUCAAAUCCCGACCCGCACUGCUGACUGGCGCCGUCGAGUUCGAAGCAAUCCCUAGCACCUCCACGGCGUCGCCUGCGCCGGCUGACUCCAUCUACUGGGAUUCCCAACUGCGAUGAUCAGUAGAGGAGCGGCUUGCGACGACGCUGCUGCUGCUGCUGGGAGCCUUGGGCGGCAGAGGAAGGGGAGCCGAUGAAGGCGACCCCGCCGCAGCGGCGGAGGGGCCCGCGCGUGGCGGUGCUGGCGCUCGUCCUCUGCUCGCUCCUCGUGCCCCUAGCCAUCCUCUUCGACCACGCCUCCUCCUCCGGAGACGACGUGACGACGGACGAGCGGCGCCGACAGGAGGUCGUUUUGCCUUCCAUCGAUCGCGUGGUGCGGAGGGAUCCAGUGAUUCGACUUCCUGUCGGUGGUGGAGUGAGACAGGAUGCACCUAAGAAGAUUUCCAAUGGCAGCAGUGGAGUGUUGCCGCAGCCUAAGCAAAUUGAUCGCCGUCCUUCCCCUUCCAGCACAAAACCAAAAGUUCUUCCUGUACCAAGAACUGAACCACCGAAGGCUGUGAUGGAACCAAAUCGACAAGAAGUUGCCAAUGAUAGAAAGAGACGAGACCGAGGUGCUAAAGCAGAUGAAGUGGAAAAUGCAAAGGCUUGUCAACUUGAAUUCGGGAGCUACUGCCUCUGGUCCACAGAACACAAAGUAAUGAUGAAGGAUUCCAUUGUGAAAAAGCUAAAAGACCAAUUAUUUGUGGCCCGUUCAUACUAUCCAAGCAUUGCCAAACUUGAAGGACAGGAGGCACUGAGUCAGGAAAUGAAGCAAAACAUACAAGACCAUGAGAGGAUUCUUAGUGCAUCCGCUGUUGAUGCUGAUCUACCAUCGUUUAUCAACAAGAGGAUAUUGGAGAUGGAGCACACUAUAGCGAGAGCGAAGUCUUGCACUGUGGAUUGUCACAACGUUGACAAGAAGCUUCUGCAGAUACUUGACAUGACUGAGGAUGAAGCUCAUUUUCAUAUGAAGCAAAGUGCAUUCCUGUACAAUCUUGGUGCUCAGACAUUGCCUAAAACUCACCAUUGUUUUUCUAUGAGGUUGACAUUAGAAUAUUUCAAAUCCUCUUCAUUGAAUUCAGAUGUUUCUUCGGCACACAAGUUCAAUACCCCAAACCACAAGCACUAUGUUAUACUAUCUAAGAAUGUCCUUGCAGCUUCUGUUGUCAUCAACUCAACAGUGAUCAAUUCUAAGGAUCCAGGAAACAAUGUUUUUCAUAUCCUAACUGAUGCUCAAAAUUUCUAUGGAAUGAAAUACUGGUUUGCCAGAAAUUCAUACAAAAAGUCCGCUCUCCAUGUCAUAAACUAUGAAGAAACUAUUUUAGAGAAGUUACCAAAGCAUAGUAUGCGAGAGAUGUAUUUGCCUGAGGAGUUCCGUGUUCUCAUCAGGGACACUGAGCAGCUCACUGAGAAAGCAAGAAUGGAAUACCUGUCGCUGUUCAGUCAUUCGCAUUUCUUUAUUCCAGAAAUAUUUAAGGAUCUAAAGAAGGUGAUUGUGUUGGAUGACGACGUGGUUAUUCAACGUGAUCUGUCUUUCUUGUGGAAUCUUAACAUGGGGGACAAGGUAAAUGGUGCUGUCCAAUUUUGUGGUGUAAGGCUGGGUCAAGUGAGGAAUCUAUUGGGUAAGACAAAAUAUGAUCCUAAAUCAUGUGCAUGGAUGUCUGGGGUGAAUGUUAUUAAUUUGGAGAAAUGGAGGAAGCAUAAAGUGACAGAAAAUUACCUGCAACUCCUGAAACAGGUCAAGAGAACGGAUGAGGCAUCUCUACGAGCAGCAGCCUUCCCUUUAAGCUUGUUGUCUUUUCGGCAUCUCAUUUAUCCCCUUGAUGUGAAUCUGACGCUGUCCGGGCUUGGAUAUGAUUACGGAAUCGAGCAGGAGGUUGCAUGGAGUUAUGCAUCACUGCACUACAACGGCAACAUGAAACCUUGGCUUGAGUUAGGCAUACCAGACUACAGGAAGUACUGGAGGAGAUAUCUCACUCGAGAAGACCAAUUCAUGGAUGAAUGCAAUGUAAAUCCGUAGCACACUUGAGCCCGAAAUCAGAACAAACGACAACAUGUUGCUGACACCCACUAAAAUUUGUUUCUGCUGAGUGGACGCCUGUAGCCCCCAAAAGCACUGUGCACCAGUGCAACAAAACACAGCUUCUGAACAGGAGAAGAGUUGCAGCCAUUGGCAAUCUGUGCCAAGUGCUGACAGGAUUGCGCAGACUCAGCACCAUCUGUUCAUUGCAUUGAACAGGUUUGUUUGAUGGUUUCUGCAUUCUGGGAUCAACCACAAAUCAGAAGACCACAGGUAGCAGGUAAGGACGGUGUUAACAAGUCAAGCCCAAUUGUCCAGAUUGCUAGGUAGGAUUUUCGAUGCAAAGAUUCAUUUACCAUUUUCCUCUUCUGCCAAUAAGGGCACAUACAUGUAAUCAUGAUAGUCGUUUUCCUUUUUGCUGCUAGUUCUAGCGCAUUUAUUGGUUUCUGUGGUUAUAUUGCUGUCCAAACCUAUGGACAGCUCUGUGGAUACCCCUGUAUAUUGUUUGCUGUACUUACUGGAAUGCCUUCAUUUUGACAAGAUUAUGAGGGCUCGCGCAGUUGUUGUUUCUA